UUAAUAUAAUUUUCAUAACAACUAGGAAUAAAAGAGAAAGAAGUAUUUAAGGUAUUUUUAAAAUUAACUUUAUUGCGAAAUUUUAUCAUAUACCUUAGCGAUCAACGAGUUAGCAUUGAAAUGUUAUGCAAAACUCUUUUGUUUAACCACAAACGCCAAACCACAUAACAGAAAAAUAUCCAUCACACUUCUACGUAUAUCCGGAAAAUGUGAACUCAACCAUCGAGAAUACUGGCGAAUCUCAAGAAAACACAUUUCCGGUUUCAGUCGCAUUUUCGUCGUCGAUCCAAUCACUCCACCUCGCUUGUAUCGCAGACGCGAGAAAUAGAGUCGAAAUGGAGCGAUAAACAGGCUGAAUGUGUAAAUCUUGUUGAUCAGAAGAGUUUGUCGUUGAAGAAAGUCGAGCGCAGAUCCACAAAGGCCAUUCUAAGAUUCUGGAAUAAACUGAAGCAUCGCAAAAACGCGAGAAAGAAAGUAGAACCUAUUACAAAUGAAUCAUUAGCUUCCGUGUAAGUUUCUAUGUUAAAAUAUCAAAUAAAACUCACUUUUCGAAUAAUUUGUAAAUGCAAAUUUGACCUCCGCAUUUUUAGCAACCUAUAAUAUGAUAUAAAUAAUAAGAAAUGUUAAUUUACUUCAGACGGAAUUAUAGUCAUGUUGAAGAAACAAUGAGCGCUAGAUCGCAACGUGGGACCCAAGACACGCCAACGACCAAACGAUUUCGUAGCCCGCGCAUCACCGUGAGAAACCGAACAGCAAAACCGCAUAUAACAUACGAUUACGAUGCUGCUAUCAGUCAACCGGAUGUACCGAAUUUACUAGAUUAUAAGAAUAUAGGUCGUGGUGUGAUGGUUAGUGGAGUUCCACUUAGAAAGAAAGCACUAAAGACUCGCUUAAAAGGACGAAUUAUAUCAAGAAAGAAUUUUCAGAAAAGAUCUCAGGAAUUCAAGACGAAGUCGCUGAUUCAAAAGAACGCCUCACCCAUCAAAACACAUACACGAUCACCCAGUAGGAUUAAUCAAAAAACGAUGGCCUCUUCCAGUAUCUUUGAGAAAGAAAAUUAUAUCGGAGAAAAAGAGAAUAUUACCAACAAUGAUACCAAUAACGUUGAACAUUUGUCAAACUCGUUGAGGGAUACGAAAGAGGCGAUUGAGAAUGAUAACAAUAGUCAAAUGACACAACAGAUGAAAAACGAGACGUCAGAAGAUUAUGAAAUUGUUAAAAAGAAAUCAUCAGUUCAAAUCAAGGGCAGUAAAAUUCCUCGUGCGAAGAUAGCUGUUUUUCCAGUUCAUACGUUUUAUGAACUACAUUCGUUUGGAACAAAGAGGAAACUUCGACGUUAGAGGCAGACGAAGAAGCGGAGGAUCGUGGAUUAACAUCGGCCGACGAAUCCCCGGCUAUUAUUAGUAGCAUCGAUGACCCUCGCGUUUUAACAAUUCUACGAAGU